GUUUCACCUUCCUAGUCUCUUUCUAGUUCUUUUUGUGGCUGGUUCGUUUACCCGAACUCUCCUUGCCAGUAACGUUGUCGAGUGGCGACACAAUGAGAACCAGGAAAGCGAAGCGUCCAGGUGGAAUCGACUGUCCAAUUGAUCUCGAAUCGGAACCGGAAUCACCAUUGUCCGUUUCAGAUGGCUUUAUUCCCGUUUCAAAACACCGUACAUGUUGGAAGCACAUGGCAGCUUUCUUACACGAACGCAAAACUAAGAUAUCUAAGAGGAGGUUAAGGAGACUUCAAUUAACAUCAAAGUGUUUCUCAGGUACUUUUCCCUCUCGCUUGAGAUCGAACAGGGGAGCUAAGCGCAAGUCGGGCAAAGCCGAUGUCACCCAAGAAGGAGUGAAGCUAGAUACUGCACAAUUUGAUUGCUAUUUCAGCGAUGUUUGGAGCCGUUUGUCUGAGGACAAGAAGAGUUCCUUUGCCUAUCUGGAAAGCUUGUGGUUUUACAUGUAUAUGCUACCAGGCUGGAAAGGGAAGGCCAUUCAAUGGAUCAGGGAUAGGGCAAUUUUUAACAAGAGAUAUGUUAUCGUUCCUAUAGUUCUCUGGGGUCAUUGGAGCCUCCUAAUCCUCUGCAACCUUGGUGAAAGUUUAGAGUCGGAGAAUGGGAAACCAUGCAUGUUGUUGCUUGAUUCGCUUGAAAAUGCAGGUCCUGGGCGCAUUGAGCCAGAUUUAAGGAAGUUUCUGUUAGAUAUUUACAGAUCAGAGGGCAGGGCUGUAAAUAAAAAGUUAAUUCAUCAGAUUCCGUUGUUAAUACCAAAGGUACCACAGCAAAGGGAUGAUGUAGAAUGCGGGAAGUUUGUUCUUUACUUCAUUCAUUUGUUUGUGCGAGAUGCCCCAGAGAGUUUCAGCUUGGGGGACUACCCUUACUUCAUGAAUCGAACGUGGUUCACUCCUGACUGUUUGCAGCAGUUCUUUGAGGAAUUGGAUUUGGUUAAGAAAGCUGUCUAACACUUGCUUUGUAUCCCCAAGCGUAUCAACAUUUUGAAGCUGGAUAGUUAUGUUCGUACAAUAUCUAACAAGCUGCACACUUGUCCAUUAUGUCUAGCCAUGUCCUAGUGCGUCCAAUGUUGCUAUGACUAACUUUAGGUUUAUAACUUAAUCAAAUCCCACGAUGUAGCUCUGUAUCUAUAGUUAAUUCGUAUCCUGAUAUGUAAGCAAUAGGUUGGGUAUCAAGGGUUAUAUAUGUUGGUAACGAGUUGUAAUGACUGAACUUACCUUGCACACCCACGAUGAAACUUGAGAACUGAGAUGUAUCGGAUUGUUUAUUCCUAUUGGAAAAUGAGUAUUUGCUUAUGUGCUGAA